AUGCCUAUCAUUAUCGGUUCACUUUUCUUGCCUCACACGGUUAAAUUUGAAGUUACAGGCCAGACUCCUAGCAAUCAUGAGCCGCAAAAGCCAAACGCUUUAGAUGCUGCCCCUCAACACACUAUCGCAAACUCAAUCCUUCCAUCCUUGAGCCAGCCUGCUUUGACCCAGAGUCCAGCCAACACGCCACCUCCAUUUCUCAAGAGUGGGAAGCUGAGUGCUGCCGUGCAGCAAUUCUUCAAAAAGCGGGAUUCGGAAAACCUGGAUAAAAAUCCCGAUAGACCAGCGGCUCAGUUGAUCCAGCCUAAGUCACGGUAUGAUUCCAAAAUGAUCCCGAGCCUGGUAGUUGAAGCGAAGAAGAAGGCAGACGAUGUAGGGCUUUCAGGUCUCAAGUUCAAUUCAUCGGGUUCUAGCUUACCCAGGUCCUCCUCCAUUCUCCCGACAGCAAGAUCCAAUUCCUCCCCGCAACCUGAUUUUGCACCCGCAGGUCUACCACGAACCAGAAGCUCAUUUGGCAAGUUUGGCGGCUACUCAAUAGACCAAUCUUCGACUAGCUCUUUGGCUGUUACUGAAGAGGAAGAUAAUGCUCCAUCUGUGUUCACCCCAGCGUUUAGGGAGCCUGUCAUUGAUGACGAGGAAAACGAUAACGAGUAUGGUGAUAAACAUCUAGCACCAUACGGUGGAUUUUCCAGGCCAGACUUGGAAGAAAAUUUCCUAGCACAGCAGAAUGUUUUUGAACAUGCUCCUUGGCAGAUUGUCCCUACCGAAGGUGGCAAUGGCUCAUUGUACAAGGCGGUUGAUUCAGCCCAGAAGAAGGAGGUAAUUCAGCCAUGCAAAUGGGUUGGUACAUUGUCGUCGCCCUCAGAUGCCAUCCCUCAACACACCUACCGUGACAUAUGUUCAAAGUUGAAGGAUGAAUUUGAUUGCGAGACUGUUCAUGUGAACGAUAUCGUCUUUCAAGGACACUAUAAAUCUUUCUGCAAGCAGAUCUUAUGGCCAACCCUACACUAUCAAAUUCCAGAUGAUCCGAAGUCUAAGGUGUUUGAAGAACACUCCUUCAAGCAUUACAAGCGAUUGAAUCAGCUUUUUGCUGACAAGAUCGUAGAGACCUACAAGUCACUCAACCUGGGCCUCGACCCUGCGGAUCCGGAAAAUAUGAUCUGGGUUCACGACUAUCAUUUGCUCUUAGUUCCGGCCAUGAUUAGAGAGCAGCUUCCAGAUGCCAAGAUAGGCUUCUUCCUUCAUGUUUCUUUUCCUUCAUCAGAGGUUUUCAGAUGCUUGGCUCAACGAGAGUCUUUAUUGAAGGGUGUCUUGGGGGCAGAUUGCGUUACCUUCCAAACUGAUGAAUAUGUUAGACACUUUUUGCAAACAAGCAACAGGCUUUUACUAGCUGACACAAAUGAAUAUGGUAUAAUUCAUAACGGCGUUUUCACUCGUGUGAACACUCUUCCCCUCAAGACUCCAGCAGUGCUUAAGUGGGAGAAGCUCAUUAGGGAACGUUGGAGAGAUCAGUUGCUUAUCGUGUCGAGAGAUAAACUUGACAAGUUGAGAGGCAUUAAGCAAAAACUCUUAGCGUAUGAGGAGUUUCUCAAAAGUAAUCCUCAGUUCAUUGAAAAAACAGUUCUUGUUGAAAUUUUCAUGGGUUCGUCCUCGAAUAGUGAUUACAAAGCAGAAGUAAUGCAAAUCGUAUCGAGGAUCAACGCAUUGGCCGACAAUAUCUCCAUUGCUCAACCUGUCGUCAUUUUGGAGCAAGAUAUCGACUUCGAGCAAUAUUUGGCUUUACAGCACGAAGCUGCAGUAUUUAUUGUAGCCAGCUUCAGAGAAGGACUCAACUUGACGUGCCAUGAGUUUGUGGAGGCAAGUUCAGGAAAGAAGUCACCACUCAUUUUAUCAGAGUUCACGGGUUCUUCACAUCUUAUGGACUGUAAAGGUCAGGGUGCUUUGCUCAUCAACCCAUGGGACAUUAGAAGCUUCAGCAAAGCAAUCAAACACGCAUUGACAAUGGCGCAAGAAGAGAAGGAAAAGAGAUGGGAGAAUUGUCAUCACAUCGUCUUGCAACAUAAGCCUAUUGAAUGGAUCCAGGAGUGCGUAAAAAGCAUCGAACAGGCAUGGAAAACCGAUCAUCUCAAAACUCAAACCAAUAAGAAGCCGUUCAAUCAGCAAAUUUUUGAUAAGUUUUACGAAUCUUCGAAUGGCCACCGACUUUUCGUCAUAAAUAUCGAUACUUCAUAUUCUCAAGACGAGGUCGGUCCCAAGUCAACGAAGGGUUUUGCAACUCUUGGAAGAAUUGCCAACAUGUUAACAGGUUUAACAAGUGACCCCAAUAACUAUGUCUUCAUUAUAAGUAUCUUGAAGACGGAAGAUCUCGAGUCGAUCUUCAAGAAUUGGAUCUCUAUCAUUGACAAAAAGGAGGUGGGCAACUGGAUUCCCCAAGUCACUCUGUUGGUCAAGUCGAAAGCAGAGCGCCUUCCUAUGUCCACAGCCAUCAGAAGCAUGGAUGCGAUGGGUGAUUGCAUUCAGCAUAUUAAUGAAGUAUACGAGAAAAGUGAUGGCAUUCAUGCAACGCUAGUUGAUAAUUCAGUUGUUGUUCAGCAAAAGGACAUUUCAAUGAGAGCAAUGAAUUUUAUCGUGGCUUGUUACACCACUACGAUUCCAGCUCCCCAGUUGGCUGAGCGCUAUCAAGUGCGCAGGGUAGCGUCUUUCCAUGAAAACUACAACUCGAUCGUCAGAUCGCCUCUCGCUGAGAGAUUUGAUUGGAUCGAAAACGAUUCCGAAAGACCCAACAGAGCACAGGCUUUGUUCUACUCGGGUGGCUUGACCUCAAUUGACGAGGCGAUUUACGAGUACACCAAUGGCCUCGAGAAGGACGAUAUCUUGCAUUCUUCCAUCUCUGUUGCAAUCACUGGAGGGCAAGCCAACGCGCGUUCUUCAGCGCUUUACAGUGUUUUGGGCAGAAACGAGUUGUUGAGUAUCAUUACAUCUAAAUAG